GAGGAAUCGGUUCAGAAGCUCUACAGCUUGAUCCGCAGGAAGCGCAAGGAGUGGGCUGCGGCUGCACGUCGAGCUCGCGAAGACGAGUUCGAUGAAGACGCAGAGGAGGAGCAGGAAGAGCAUGAUGAGGAAGGAGAUAAUGGAGAUGAGGGGUGGGAUGAUAAUGAAAAUUCCGAUGAGCCUGACAAGGAUGAGCAGGGCCCAGGGGACCCUGCGGAUGAAGGAGGAAAUGAAGAGGUAGAUGAAGGGGGAAAUGAAGAAGGGGAGGAGGAAGCUGAGGACAAUGAUGAUCCAAUCCUCGAGGUAUCUGCGAGCCCUUCCACAAGCUGUCACAUGGAGCAGAAGCGCGACAAGCUUGCCAAGAUGAGGAGUGAGAUUGCAGAGCUUGAACGCAAGCUCGGCUCGUCUGUGGCUUCUCCGGCUCGUCUUCGUGAGCCGAUCGCGAUCGAGGAUAGCCCUGGUCCGCUUCCCCCGCCCGAAGAAUCCCAUCCUCCCGUACUUCGCCGUGCCCGAAGCAAGCGCCGCAAUCCUGACCUCGAGGAGACACAGAUCUGGACGGAUGGCCAUCCCGAACCUGCACCCACGGCCCUCGUGCUAGAGCCUCCGGAUGCCGUGGACGUGGACGUGGACGUGGAGAUGAGUCUGGCAAGGCAGCAGUUCCUGCUUUGCCCGCAAAGGGCAAAGCUACGCCGGCCGUGGUUCCCGCCAAGGGCAGAGGCCGUGGCCGUGGUGGGGCAGCCGUGGCUGCCGACGACUCCGGUGCUCGUGAGCUCGGGUGCCCACGGUGCAGAUGGGGCAAGAAGGGCUGUGCAACCUGUCGUGGGCCGUCUUAUGUCUACAGAGGUGCCCGCGGCCGUCCGAGCGGUGAGAAUGCUGCCUGAUGUGUGUGUCACCUGA